GUUGUGAGCACCGAACGCCACCCUGCAGACACAGCGUGGGCAGCGUUCUCUGGCUGCAGAAACAGUCAGUCCUCGCCGUUUCAGCGACGGGAAAGGAGCCGCCAUGUCAGCCGCCUUACCGCCCUCCGUAUCCGGCAAGAAGGUGAAGUCGCCUUCGACAGUGCGUAAGACCCCCUCGUCAGCCAACGGCGCCAAGAAGCGGCACCGCCGGCGCAAGGAGAGCUUCACCACAUAUAUUUUCAAGGUGCUCAAACAGGUGCAUCCAGACACGGGCAUCUCUGCCAGGGCCAUGACCAUUAUGAACAGCUUCGUCAACGACAUCCUGGACAAGCUGACCGAGGAGGCGGCCCGGCUGGCCGUGUACAGCAAGAAGUCUACCAUCACUGCCCGCGAGAUCCAGACGGUGACCAGGCUGAUGCUCCCGGGUGAACUGGCCAGGCACGCCGUGUCGGAGGGCACCAAGGCUGUGGCAAAGUACACGUCCUACGUCAACGCCGCCCUCGCCAUCCCGUCCCAACCGUGAAAACCAAAGACUUUUCCGUCGAACAUUUUUUGUUUGUUUCUGCUGCGAGCGUAUAUUAAACGCAACUUGAUGGUCAA